GCGCAGGAAGCCGAGCAGGAAGCGAGCCCGGCGGCCGCGUUUUCCUGGGGAAGCGGCGGGCCGAGUGGCGCAGCCAGCGCGGCCCGGGAGCUGCCGCCGCCGCCUGGAUGGGGUGUUGAAAAUCUCUAGAGCUUUGGAAAGCUGAAUGGACUAAACAUGAAGAGCUUGAAAGCCAAGUUCAGGAAGAGCGACACCAACGAGUGGAACAAGAAUGAUGACCGACUGCUACAGGCCGUGGAGAAUGGAGACGCGGAGAAGGUGGCCUCCCUACUGGGCAAGAAGGGAGCCAGUGCCACCAAGCAGGACAGCGAGGGCAAGACCGCCUUUCAUCUUGCUGCUACAAAAGGGCAUGUGGAAUGCCUCAGGGUCAUGGUUACACAUGGCGUGGAUGUGACUGCCCAAGAUACUGCCGGACACAGUGCCUUGCACCUCGCAGCCAAGAACAGCCACCACGAAUGCAUCAGGAAGCUCCUUCAGUCAAAAUGCCCAGCCGGAAGUGUGGACAGCUCUGGGAAAACAGCUUUACAUUAUGCAGCGGCACAGGGCUGCCUUCAAGCUGUGCAGGCUCUUUGCGAGCACAAAAGCCCCAUAAACCUCAAGGAUUUGGAUGGGAAUAUACCACUGCUUCUUGCAGUACAAAGUGGCCACAGUGAGGUCUGUCACUUUCUCCUGGAUCAUGGAGCAGACGUAAAUUCCAGGGACAAAAAUGGAAGAACUGCUCUCAUGCUAGCCUGUGAGAUCAGCAGCUCUAAUAUUGUGGAAGCCUUAAUUAAAAAGGGUGCAGACCUAAACCUUGUAGAUUCUCUUGGACACAAUGCCUUACAUUAUUCCAAACUCUCAGAAAAUGCAGGAAUUCAAAGCCUUCUAUUAUCAAAAAUCUCUCAGGAUUCUGAUUCAAAGACACCAACAAAACCAAAGCAGCAUGAUCAAGUCUCUAAAAUAAGCUCAGAAAGAAGUGGAACUCCAAAAAAACGCAAAGCUCCACCACCUCCUAUCAGUCCUACCCAGUUGAGUGAUGUGUCUUCCCCAAGAUCAAUAACUUCAACGCCACUUUCGGGAAAGGAAUCCGUGUUCUUUGCUGAACCACCCUUCAAGGCUGAGAUCAGUUCUAUACGGGAAAACAAAGACAGACUAAGUGACAGCACGACAGGUGCUGAUAGCUUAUUGGAUAUAAGUUCUGAAGCUGACCAACAAGAUCUUCUUGUCCUGUUGCAAGCAAAAGUUGCUUCUCUUACCUUACACAAUAAAGAAUUACAAGAUAAAUUACAGGCCAAAUCACCCAAGGAGGCAGAUGCAGACCUGAGCUUUGACUCCUACCAUUCCACUCGAACUGACUCGGCCCCACCCCUGGGCAGACCUAGUGAAACCCCUCCCCUAGACUCCAAGUCAUCUCCAUCCGUCUUAACACAUUCCUUGAGUAAAUCCACUCUCGACAGUGACGGGCAAAUUCAGCAACUGCAAGAGAUUCUGCAGGACUUGCAGAAGAGACUAGAGAGCUCUGAAGCAGAGAAGCAGCAGCUGCAGGCUGAGCUCCAGUCCAGGAGGGCCGAAUUGGUGUGCGUGAACAGUGCAGAGAUUUCAGAGAAUGGCUCCGACCUCAGCCAGAAACUGAAAGAAACUCAGAGCAAGUACGAGGAGGCCAUGAAAGAAGUCCUUAACGUGCAGAAGCAGAUGAAACUGGGCCUUGUCUCGCCCGAAAGCGUGGACAGUUAUUCACAUCUCCGUGAGUUACGGAUCACUGAGGAGGAAGUAGAUGUGCUCAAGCAGGAUCUCCAGAACGCAUUAGCCGAAAGUGAAAGAAAUAAGGAGAAAGUGAGAGAGUUAGAAGAAAAACUCGUAGAGAAGGAGAAAGAUUUGGGUAUUAAGUCUCCUGGGGAAGAGUACGAGGAGAUGAAAAGUUCAUAUUGCUCUGUGAUUGAGAAUAUGAAUAAGGAGAAAGCUUUUUUGUUUGAGAAAUACCAAGAGGCCCAAGAAGAAAUCAUGAAACUAAAAGAUGCCCUAAAGAGUCAGAUGACACCGGAAGCCGGCGAUGAAGCUGGGGAUAUGAAAGAGGCCAUGAACAGGAUGAUAGAUGAGCUCAACAAACAGGUAAGCGAGCUGUCCCAGCUGUACAAAGAAGCCCAGGCCGAGCUGGAGGAUUACAGGAAGAGGAAAUCUCUAGAAGACGUAACAGCCGAAUAUAUCCAUAAAGCGGAGCAUGAGAAACUGAUGCUAGUGACGAACGUGUCCAGAGCUAAGGCAGAAGAGGCAUUGUCCGAAAUGAAGUCUCAGUACUCAAAGGUAUUGAACGAGUUGACGCAGCUCAAACAGCUCGUGGACGCACAGAAAGAGAACUCUGUCUCCAUCACAGAACAUUUGCAGGUGAUAACCACACUGCGGGCUACUGCGAAAGAGAUGGAGGAAAAAAUAAGCAGUCUCAAAGAGCACCUUGCAAGCAAGGAAGGGGAAGUAGCAAAACUGGAGAAACGACUCCUGGAAGAGAAGGCCGCGAUGGCUGACGCCAUGGUGCCCAGGUCUGCCUACGCAAAGCUCCAGUCAUCACUAGAAAGUGAAGUGAGUGUGUUGGCCUCAAAAUUGAAGGAGUCCGUAAAAGAGAAAGAGAAAGCCCAUUUGGAGGUCUCCCAGAUUCGAAGUGAGGUCUCACAAGUGAAAAGGGAAAAGGAAAAUAUUCAGGCUCUCUUAAAAUCCAAAGAACAGGAAGCAAACGAACUUCGGCAACAGUUCCAGCACGCUCAGGAGGAGCUCGCAGAAAUGAAGAGACAGUCGGAGAGCUCUUCCAAACUGGAGGAGGAUAAAGAUAAGAAGAUAAAUGAGAUGUCAAAGGAAGUCACCAAGUUGAAGGAGGCCCUGAACAGCCUCUCACAGCUCUCCUACUCAGCUAGCUCGUCCAAGAGGCAGAGUCAGCAGCUGGAAGGACUGCAGCAGCAGGUCAAGCAGCUACAGAGCCAGCUGGCUGACUGCAAGAAACAACACCAGGAGGUGAUAUCUGUUUACCGAAUGCAUCUUCUGUAUGCUGUGCAGGGCCAGAUGGAUGAAGAUGUCCAGAAAGUACUGAAGCAGAUCCUUACCAUGUGUAAAAACCAGUCCCAGAAGAAGUAGAAUGGAUUCCGUGGCAGGACACUGCCCCCUUGUUGUCCAUCUCUGUGUUAGAUCUGGAGUUGUCGGCAACCACUGCCAUUGUUCUCACUCGUGGUAUGCACCAUGGCCCAGCCUAGCUUUUUCCCUUUCCUAAGGCAGCUUUCUGAGGACUGGGUCCAGGAGAGGGCUGUCCUCCCCAGAGCUGCUUAGAGACUUGAGAGCAGCACAAGUGAAAUGCCCUGGUGUCCCUUCAGAUUCCAGAGCCGGAAUCUGGAACCAGGGGUCUGUUCCUGGUCCUGGUGCUGGUGGGUGGGCACCUGCUGUGGGACCCGACCAGCUGAGGGGCUUUGUCAUCACUGAGCAAUAUGUUGAGACCUCCCCGCUCAGCGAACGUUGCUUUAGUUCCUACACUCAGGCGGUGUUAGUCAGCACCCGAGAGCCCCUUUGCCUUUGGUUUCCAAGCCCAAAACAUGAUUUAACUUCUGACCAAAAUAGUAUGGCACUCGUUAUGUGGUGCAUACUUAAGAGCCUUUAUCAUGACAUCCUGUGGACUUAAAACAUGAAUCCCAUCAUUUUCCCCCCUCUGCCUUAUAUAGCUCAUCACCCUGCUUGUUAGUCUCAGAGUUUGAUGAGUACUCUUAACUAAAAUACGAAGUUGAGAAACAAAAGCAAGUUGUCCUUAGAAAUUCUUUUGAAGCAAAUCGUUGACAUAUUGCAAAUCUUCUAUGCAAACUUGCCUCCUGUUAUCCGUGAAGCUCAGGAAUCCAAACAUUCGUGUUUCAACAAGGGACAGUAAACUGCGUGUUUACAGCCAAAAAAAAAAAAAAAAAAAAAAAAGCCUCAUAGUUCUUAACCUCAGUUUUUUAAAAGUGUUUUUUUCUCUACAAUAUUUUUAUUGGCUCUUAAAGAUGUUUUCAUAGCUAAACCCCUAAAUGAGUGAAAUUUACAUUAGACUCUAUUAACAAAGUAUUUUUAGAUAACCAUGCUUAUGACUUUUUUAAAGCAUAACUUUUUCCUCAGAGUUUGCAUCGAUAGCCAAGGUAGUUAUGUAUUCCCUUUCCAAACUCUACACGAGCUGCCACCGGCCCCCUAGCCUCUCUGCCAUCGUGUCCUCACAACUGUAGCACAUUUCUGAAUAUAGAAAAUCUUCCUUUUACCCACUGAGUAUUUUUGAAUACCCCAGCUCUACCAGUGCCCAUAAAUGAUCUCUUGGAAGGACUGUUAGCCAAUCACUUUUCCACCUUCGAAACCAGAAUCCUAACAUGGUACACAUACAUGAUGGUGCAUAGCAAAGGUCGUGGGGGCAAAUAUUUCUGUUCCCUUGACUUUCAGGUUAAAAACGUUUCAAACUUGCUUGCAGCUUCCUUAUGGCAUUGUUUUUGUUGAGAGAUGUAAGCUGAAUACAGACGUCUCCGAAGUAUAUAACGCAAAGCGUAGGCCUGCUCUGAUGGGGUCCACAGACCGCAGGGUGCCUGGGCGCACAGGGUGAUGGGCUAUAUUGGAGGAUGUGCUCAUCUGUAUUGGAUGAGGACCAACGACCACAAAGCAGAAACGGCUUUCAAGCUUGGUGUUCCUUUUCUUAAGUUGUUUAUACUUCACCAAUUUCGAAAAUGCUCCAAAGAAAUGUGAAAGGACCUUUUGUCACAGCACUUAAGAAAAUGCAAACAACCCCCCCUCCUGCCCCCACGCAGAAAUGCUGCAGAGUAUAAAACUUGAGACAUUUUGUAGGACGCCUGACAAAGUGUAGCCUUUUAUCUUGUUUCAGGAUGCGUAUUUAUUAUAAGUACUCUGGUUAAAUAUUGAAAAGUUAUAUGCUGUAGUUUAGCAUUUUGCCUUUGUAAUUUACAGAAGGUAUUGCAGAAAAUAAACUUUUGUUUCAUUUUGCA